UACUGCCAUCACUACCCUGGCCAUUGACCGCCGCUCCGCCGUCACUUGUCACUUUCGGAGCACCAACUCGAACCCCCAAAGAGCGGUGGAAGAAACAAACGCUUCCAUCCGCCUGCUAGCAGUCGACUCCCUGGGUCCCCAAACAAAGAAGUUGCAUCGAGAACACCGAACAGAAAGGCAGCGCUCGCCGGGGCUGCAAGUCAUUGCAUACCGACCCUCAAGGAAGCAAGAGGACCGGCCGUGGUUCCUUGUCGCAGGUGUACGCCCUUGAAGCUCCCGCCGGCUCGCGAGGGUUGCGCGAAGCUUUGUUGUUUGCGAACUGAAAGGGGUAUCUGGUUGUCUUGCCCUCCAGCUCUCUUGGGCCGCAAGCCCUGCCUGGCUUCUUAACCUGUGUUCUCGCCUCCUCGCCGGUCCUUCCUUUCUUACCCCUCUCUGCUCACGAGCUGCAACUGUAGCGACGAGUACGCGAGACAUCUCCACCAGUUCUCACCGCCAUGGUGUCCGUAGCCGAGCUUCUUAACCCGGAGCCCCCUCGAGCUCCUUUGCCAGCAUCCCGUCCCCAUCCGCCUUCCCCGGCCCAUCAGACCGCCCCCUUCCGGCACGAGCCCUCUCCCGUGAGACCCCAGUCCGAGACGCUCAGGAUGGCUGAGAACAACAGGACUCUUCCGCGAUCAAGAACCAGGGCGGCCAUCUGCUUCCCGCCCUUUGAGAACUUGGAUGAAGCUUCCCUUCGCGAAGUACGCAGGUUCCAGGUCCACCCCUUUGGGUCGAUACGGGAGACUCGUGAGCGGAUUCCAUACAACAGCGGCAAGAAGGACUUCUUCUCCAAGACCGGAAGAGAGGGGUUCGAAGCAUUCCAUUACGACUUCAAGGUUCCCGGCGACGAUAACACAUACACAGUCAUGUGGGACUACAGCGUCGGUCUCGUCCGCAUGACUUCUUUCUUCAAAUGCCGUGGUUAUAGCAAGACCACGCCCGCCAAAAUGCUCAACAUGAACCCGGGCCUCAAGGACAUCACCUAUAGCAUCACAGGUGGCUCCAUCAAGGCUCAAGGCUACUGGAUGCCCUACGCGUGCGCCAGAGCCAUCUGCGCGACCUUCUGUCACAAGAUCGCCGGCGCUCUCAUCCCGCUCUUCGGUCCUCAGUUUCCCUCUGAGUGCAUCCCUGACAAAGCACAUGGCCACGGCCGCAUGAUAAUCAACCCAGAUAUUGUGGCUCAGGCAAAGAGCGAAGCUGCGGCGCUCUUCAGACCAUCCGCCGGUCUCCCCAGCCCGCGGUCUUCCCGCAGCGUCAGCCCCCUGCCGUCUCAGUGCUCAGCACGCAUCCCCGAUCCCCAUGACUACCACUCCGACUACGACCGCCGCCUGCUCCUGAGCCCCUACACCGACACAGACGUCGACUACCGCCCGGCCUCAGAACACUACAGCCGCAGGCCAUAUCCACCGAUGCCGCUGAUGCGAAUCCCCACAUCAAGACCCCACAUCCCGCCAACGGCAGCGCCUACGCCCUUGGACUCACCAGGCUGGACAGCGGUGAACCAGACUCAACACCCUCCUGGUGACCACCACCGCUCCGUCUCGCAUCUCAACGAGGAACUCCUCGGACUGAAUGUGUCGGCGACGGCCAGCCCGUGGCUGUCCGCCAUCCCACGCUCUCCGACUUCAGGCGCAGGCGGAGGCCGCGCCAGAUGGCAGCAACCAUACCCGCCUCGCUCCCACCAUCCUCAUCAUUACAAAUACUCCGUGUCCCCGUUCUCCACCUCGCUCCCGGAGCGGGGCAUAACCCUCCCCCCCAUCCUUCUCAAACGCCGCUUUGACCAGGUCGACGAUGCCCGCGACACAAACAGCGCUGGCGGCGGCGGCGCCGACGAUGACGAUGACCACGAGUACGACGCCGGCGAGAGCCGUGCGGGAAGCGCCGGCAGCGCCAGCCCCCUGUCCGUGACAGCGCCCUCGCCGACGCCGACGCGCCAGGCCGCGUUCAAGUCCAAGCCGAACACUCCCUGCCCGUCUCCUUUGCAUGUCGCUACUGGCGGCGGCGGAGGAGGGCGCCGCGAGUCGGAGCGGAAUGCGGCCAUGAUGCUGAUGCACAUGCGGGCCAGAAGUGAGGACAGCGGCAGCGGCAGCGGCAGGGACUCGGACAAGGAGAGCGGGAACUGCCCUGGAGCUGCCCACGGCGGAACUGCCACGGCUCUGGCUACCCCGUCCAGCUCGACGUCGCCCACCCUGCAGGGCAAGGAUAUUGUCAGUGUCGGCCCGCUUACAAGGGCUAAGAGGCGGAGGACGGUUGAGCGUUAACGGUGUGGUUUACUAUGGCGAGGACGUGAGUGACUGGCGCUGGAUUGGUGCAUGGGUUGGAGUUGCAGGCGUUGCAUUUCGGGUGAAAGGGGGAGCGUUGAUCUCAUGACUUGUGGCCGAGUAGUUCGAUGGCCGGCUGAUGACAACUAGCGUUUCGUAUGGCUGUAGCCAUCUCCUUGUUUUGCUUUGGCGAUCUCUCUAGAACCUUCCUGUCUCUUCACCUUCAUCUCGUCUUUCCUGUGUAUUGGAAUUGGAAUAGGGGUGAAUGUGACUAAGAGACUGAUCAGGCGAUCCUGCAGCUAGGGAACCAACUGUUGAGGCGCUGGGUUGGUGUGCCUUACGUUUGCACUCUGGAAGUCGGUGAAAUGGUGCUGU